GUUAUUGCUUCUUUAGUGUCGUUUACUGUCUUCGAAGCUAGUUAUACUCUUUGAUGCUCCUACUGUGGAAGUGAAAUCACAUCUUGCAUAUUCUGUGCAGAGGCUACUGGGAUUCUGUGUGGAUGUUCUUUGGUGGUUCUGUCUUGCUUAUUCCAUGGUCGUUGGCGCCCAUGCACGCUUGUACCGCUGUGCGUGAUUCUUCUCCGCGUGGUCGGUGUUGACCAAUUGUUGUGUGUGGUUUGAUAGUUAAUGUGUGUUAACAAUGCUUGUAUUAUUUGAAACAGCGGCAGGUUAUGCCAUUUUUAAGCUUCUCGACGAAAAGAAAUUAGCUAAAACAGAAAAUUUAUAUCAUGACUUUCAAACCCCAGAAACCGCUAGCAAAGUGGUUAAACUCAAACAUUUUGAGAAAUUUCAUGACACAACUGAAGCACUUUCAGCCACAACAGCUGCAGUUGAGGGCAAGGUAUCAAAGUCUUUAAAGAAACUUCUGAAGAAUGUUGUUGCCAAGGCAGAGGCUACAGAGCAGCUUCUGGUAGCUGAUCCAAAAUUGGGAUUGGCUAUUAAAGAAAAAUUACAAUUGCAAUGUAUCUCUAAUACAGCAGUGCAGGAGUUAAUGCGAUGCAUCCGCUGUCAAAUGGAUGCCCUGUUGGCUGGUUUGCCCUCAAAAGAUCUGGCUGCCAUGGCCCUUGGCCUUGCCCACAGUUUGUCAAGGUACAAGCUGAAAUUCAGUCCUGAUAAGGUUGAUACAAUGAUUGUUCAAGCAGUGGGCUUGCUAGAUGAUUUGGAUAAGGAAUUGAAUAAUUAUAUCAUGAGAACUCGAGAGUGGUAUGGGUGGCAUUUUCCAGAACUUGGUAAAAUUUUGAAUGACAAUGUCUUGUAUGUGAAGGUCAUUAAAGUUAUUGGCACUCGAGAUCAUGCCUUAGAAGCUGAUCUUUCCGACAUUUUGUCUGAAGAGGUUGAAGCACAGGUGAAAGAAGCUGCUGAGAUAUCUAUGGGCACAGAAAUAGCUGAAGAAGACAUUCUAAACAUUCAGCAUCUAUGUGAUCAGGUGAUUGAAAUAUCUGGGUAUCGUGCACAGCUGUUUGACUACUUGCGGUCACGAAUGAUGGCUAUUACACCUAACCUUACAAUUCUUGUUGGAGAAUUGGUGGGUGCCAGGCUUAUUGCUCAUGCAGGUUCUCUUAUCAACUUAGCAAAGCAUCCAGCUUCUACUGUUCAGAUUUUAGGUGCUGAGAAGGCCUUGUUCAGAGCCUUGAAGUCUAACAAAGAGACACCAAAGUAUGGUCUUAUCUACCAUUCGGCUCUUGUAGGACAGACAAGUAGUAAAUUGAAGGGAAAGAUAUCAAGAAUGUUGGCAGCGAAAGCAGCAUUGGCAACUCGAGUGGAUGCACUGGGAGAGGAUGUAGGAAUUGAACUUGGGGCAGAACACAAGUUGAAAAUAGAAAGGAGGAUAAGCAUACUGGAAGAGGGCAAGUUGCAUCGUAUUUCUGGUACUGGAAGAUCACAAGCACGAUUCGAGAAACAUCAUACUAAGAGUGAGGUGAGACAGUAUGGUGAUGCUCAAGACUUUGCUAUUCCUACUAAGCGAAAAGUAGAAAUUGAGGAGGUUGGCAGUGGAGAAGCAGGACCAUCUCAGCCAAAGAAGAAGAGGAAGACAGAUAUUGGAGAACAAGUUGUUGUUAAAGAAGAAAUUAAGGAGGAGGAAGAGGAUGUAACAGUUCCUAAGAAAAAGAAAAAGAAGAAGAGUUUAGGAGCAGAAGCUUCUGAAACUGUGGUGACAGAAAUGGAGACCUUUGAAGAGAGUCCAAAAAAGAAGAAGAAGAAAAUAAAGCAAGAAAUAGAAGAAGAACCAGAAGAGGUUGUUUCUCAACUUGAUGAAUCUGUGGGAGAAAAGAAGAAGAAAAAGAAGAAAUCCCUUACAGCUGAAACUGAACACGGUUAUGAAGAGGCUGAAGAACAAAUAGCGACUCCCAGCAGUGAAAAGAAAAAGAAAAAGAAGAGGAAGUCAGAAUCCAUGGAGUGAAAUGGAGUAGUUGCUCUUUGUUAUUUAAUUUUUGUUUUCUUGACCACCAAUUAUCUGAGGGAUAGAUGGAAUUGUGAGUGGAUGAAUUGGACAUGCCGAGAUUUGCUUGUGUGUAUUACAAGGAUGUUUAUUAUCAUUCUAGAUUGGUUGAAUGAAGUGAAUAGCCAUAUUUUUUUGUGUUGUAUAAUUGAAUAUUUUUUUAUUCAUAAAAGAUUUUCGGUUGUAAAGAUAGUCACAUAUGUUAAGGAGUUUGUUCCUUUUUGUGACCAUCCCUUUCCAUUUUCAAAAAGUUCUUUUUAUUAUGAAUUGUACAUUGUAUAUCAUGCCCAAGAAAUAUUCAGAAUAUUUUACAAGAUUUUGGUAUUUGUUUUUUGCAUUUUCCUUCCCUUUCCACUGUAACAUUGAUUGCCAAUAAACAAGUACAUUGGUUAAGUUAAUUUUGAAACAGCAUUAUUCACAUAUGUUUAAAGUUGUUAGGCCUGUGUCUUGCGGCUGUUGGUAGAAUUGCGUAACUACUUACCAUGAUGUCCUUGAAGUUAAGGAACUUAAGAUACCACCAAUUCCUAGAUGGGUGAGUGUCUUAUCUGGUCAAAGAGAUGAAAGGCAAUAACUGACAGCAAUUGCACUGCACUGUAUAGUAUUACCUGUCACUAAUUUUUCCUAAGUCCUUAAUGAUACAAAAUUUGUAGAGUCAGUUGUUGAG